UGUACGAAAGCACAUCAGUGCAUUCAAGGCAGUUGCAUUGGCAAUAACCGGUGCUUUCUAACAAAAGUUCGUUGUGCCAUUUUAAAAACCUUCAGUUAUCAAGAUGUCUCUUCUACCUUUGCUGUUCUCUAACUGGUGGGAAGAGCUGGAAUGUCCUCAUCGUGUGAUGGAUCAAGAUUUUGGCAUUAACAUCAAUCCCGAAUCUUUGCUACCGAGAGCGAUGCAACUACACAGCCUAUCUCCACGGGGUGGUAAGGGAAUGAAAAAACAUCCUAUGGCGUAUUACAGACCAUGGAGUCAACUAUUGCAUCAAGGUAAAGGUGGUGGUGCAUCGACCGUGAUCGCCGACAAGGACAGUUACCGGGUGGACCUGGACGUGCAGCAAUUCGCGCCAGAAGAGAUCAAUGUGAAAGUCGUCGACCAUUUUGUGAUUGUCGAGGGGAAGCACGAGGAGAAGCAGGACGAGCAUGGCUGGAUUUCCAGACAGUUCACGAGACGAUACAUGGUGCCCGAACAAUGCGACAUCGACCAGGUAUCGUCGAAGCUCUCCUCGGACGGUGUUCUCUCGAUCAUCGUGCCCCGUAAACCGAAAACAGUUCCUGAAGGCGAGAGAGUGAUUAACAUCGAGCAUACCGGCAAGCCGGCUGUAUGCCAGGCCGAGAACGAGGAGAAGAAACCAGAGAAUGCUGAGUCGGGAACGACUGAGUAAAAAUCGAGUUCCUCGUAAUUCCAACAUCUUAUAACCUUUCUAAUUCUUGCAUUAUUAUACACACACAUUUUGUGGCACUUAUUGCGAGUAUUUAUUGGAUGUGAUAUUCCUAAAGGAAACGCCUUCCAAAUGUAUGCUUAGCUAUACAUUACUUGUAUCCACGUAAAAACGCACCAUUAUGGUGGAUCGACUAAUGUUUCUCGAAUUUAUUCGAUACCUGUGGUAUCAUAUACUAUUUCCUUUAGUUUCACCUUCAUAUCGAAUAAAUAUUAAUUUGCUUUAUGUAUUACUUUGUACGUUUCAUUACUGAUUUUUUUUUUAAAUAAAUGGAUCAUAGAAUUUAAAACAUA